AUGGAUACAAUGCAAAAAUAUUUUAAAUAUGUAGUUGGAGCCGGAUGUGGAAUUUCUAAAAUUAAACUUCAAGGUACAUUAGAAGAUUGGCAAUAAUUAAGAUAAAAUGUAGAACCACUUCGAGAAUUUGAAUUAGAUUGGUGGAUAAAUGAAAUUGUGCCAAUAUUAGAUUAAUUUAUUAAUUUAUAUUAAGGCAAUGUUGAUAAAGUUUUUUGGAAUAAUAUUUAUAGAUUUUAACAUCCAGAUCCAAAAAUAUAUGAUAUAAGACCAGGAUUUGCAACCGGAUGGAUUACCUACUUUUUCCCUUAUAGAGUAAAUGAAAAUGCAAGUAUUAAUGAUAAAGAACCUUUUGUUAAAAAUGAAUUUUCUAAAACUUGGGAUAAAUUUUAACAUAUUUAUCCAGAAUAAUUCCCUUCAGGAGUAUCUAAGGCACCUGUAACUCUUGAAUGGCGCCGUCAAGAAAUACCAAUUUAAUUUUCUUCAGGAUAUUUUGGGAUUACCCUAGUUGAUAAUGAAUUUUUGAAACCUCAAUUAGGAUGGGCUAUAAUGUAACUUAACUAAUCUAAAGAAAAAUAAACCAAAAAUACUUAGAAACAAUAAUUACUUCCUAAAUAAAAAAUUGAAAAGCCUCUUUAAAUUUAAUAAAAAAGUCAACCAACUAAGCAAAUUUAAAAACCAAUUCAAGAUUAAAAAUAACAAAUUGUUUAAUCUCCUUAAAUCAAAUAAAAUACUAUUAAGCCAGCUCCUAAAGUUCAAAGUACAAAAAGUAAUUAAGUAACUGUAAAAUCAAAUCAACCAAAAGAAUAGUAAAAUAAAAUCAGCAAAAAAUGA